UGUUUGGACUUUGAACACAGCAUAUGUUUCAUAGGGGCAGCAAGGAUAUAACUCAUGUAUGCAUUUUGUUCUUUAAAGUGAUUUUUGGACGCCUGUUAAAUCCUAUUUUGAAUUGUUUAUUGUAACAUAGGACAUAGGGAGGUGAUAGCUUACUCUGCUUAGUUGGCUGUGUAAUGUGGGUAAUCCUCGUGCCAAAAUUUAGAUGACUUAUGCUUAUUAUGCCAUGGAAGUUCCUGAGCUUGUGAAUACCAUGUAUUACUCUAUAACAUACUUUAAACACUCGUAUCCUGUAUUUCAGGGUAGAUUUUAUUUUGGAGAGCUAUUGGAGGAUUCUGCUGGUUGUGAUGAAGAUGUUUCAGCGAUGCAUGCAGGUAUCGCAGAAGUUGCUGCUGCUAAGGCUCGGAUGUUUGUUAACAAGCCCGACGGAAUGGUAAGGGAAGAGAGGGGUCCCUAUAGUGAUCCCCAGCACCCAUAUUUCUAUGAGGAGGAAGAUGUAUGGAUGGCACCCGGGUUCAUUAAUCAGUUCUAUGAAGUUCCUGAUUAUUGGAAAUUAUAUGUACAUGAGGUCGAUGAGGAAAGACAAAUGUGGUUGAAUUCCUUCUAUAAAGCUCCUCUUAGGAUCCCAAUGCCUGCUGAACUAGAGUAUUGGUGGUCGAAAGAUGAGAGUCCAGAAUUUGUUCUCCUAAACAAGGAACCAGAGCCUGACCCUGAAGAUCCAUCAAAGCUAAUAUAUACUGAAGAUCCAAUUAUUCUACAUACAAGGACAGGUCGUCUGAUCAAUUUUGUUGAAGAUGAGGAGCAUGGGAUCCGCUUGUUUUGGCAGCCACCUCUUAAAGAAGGGGAAGAUGUGGACCCUGAAAAGGCCAAGUUCCUGCCACUUGGCUUUGAUGAGUUCUAUGGCCGGGUUGUAACUCAGCCGAAGGAAGGCUUCUGGAAAUGUCUUGUAACGAAGGUGGAUAAUGCAUGCAAGCCAGUAUUUGAUAAACUGGAGAGGUGGAGUGAAGAGAAGAAGAGGGAAAGUGAAAUGAAGCUCAAGCUGAUAGAACAAGAGCUUGAAUUGAUAGAGGCUGAAUUGUGUCUGGAAGAAGCUGUUGAAGACUUGGAAACAGAGCUGAAGAGAAAGGAGAAAGAGGAGGAGAAGAAAGUUGAAACGACUGAGAAGGAUGAAAACGACUCUUCUGCAUCUGCUGAGAAAAAUGACAUAGGUUCAGCUGAGGUUGAGGAAGACGAGGAUGAAGAUGAAGAUGAGGACGAAGAUGAAGAUUCACCAACAAGUUUUGGGUCUGUUGUAGCAGAUCGGGACCUGGAAAAAGAUGACAAGGGAAACAAACCUGGGAAUUCUCCUUUUUCAACAGUUUCAUUGUCAUUGGCUUCUUGUGGUUUUGUUUCAACCGUUCCAUCUAAGCUGCAACAAUCAUUCCUAUCAUGGAGGAGAGGAAGAUCAUUGGCAACUGUAACAGUUCCAGAUCAAUGCAAGGAGAGCUCUAUUGGACGUUUGGAAACCUCUGAUUCAAUCAAUUUCUCACGUGUGCUGAAUAAAAGCAGUAGUUUGAAAGCAUCUAGGCUAGAGUGCAGGAGGUUUAGAAGGAAAUGCAACAAUCUCUCUCAGUUGCAUUCUUUAGCCCGGGUUUUAUCAGGUCCCCAGACUUCUACUAAAUUGAAAAGCCUGGGAGAGCAAAGAUCUUGGGGCCGUCACUGGUUGGGGUUGCCAUCUGAAGCUGAUUGGAGCAGCAUAUUGUCCUUGCCCAUCCCAGUAAAUUGUUUGGGGUCAUCAUAUACAGAUAUUAUCAAAUAAUAGGUGCUCUCUCUCUCUGUCUCAUUCAUAUGUAUUUGUUACUUUCGUAUAUGUAUUUAAUGGUGUUAGAACAAGGCCAAUUUCAUAGUGAUUGGUUCACGCUGUUAGUAGGCCCUAAUCGGGUUUAGUGAUAGAACCUGUAUAUGAGUUGGGUACUGCUAUUUUUCAGCAAAUGUAUUGGACAUGGUUUCGUCUGGGGUGGUGG